AUGUCUGAUAACGAGACCUCCGGCGAUAUUAUGAGCAUUAAUGACUUCAAGUUCCUGGUCACUUGCCUCAAGAACACUACCGGUGGCUCGCUCGUCGUCGACAUCGAGAAGGUCGCCGAGGCCAGUGGCAUGAAAAACCCUCGCUCCGCCCAGAACAAAAUCGGCGCGCUCAGAAAGAAGUGGGGUAUAAACAUGAUCACUCACAAGAGCAAAGAUAUCAAGGAUGCCGCCGAUAGCAACCACGACGCCGCCGCCGCUGCCGGUCCCUCGAUCUCAAGAACCCCAGCUCCACCCAAGACGCCCAAGGGCAGAGUCACCAAGACCAAAGCCGCCGCGAAGAAGGCGCCCGCCAAGAAAACUCCCGCGGCGAAGGGCAAGACUACCGCCAGGGGCAAGAAGGCUGCUGUGGUCUCUCCCGUGAAGGCUACCAAGGUCGAGAAGGAAGACGAAGAGGAGAUGGAAGAUGCUCAGGAGAGCCAGCAAGAGGAGGAGGAAGGUGGCGAGAGCAGUACAGAGGAAGAAGAGUAG